AUGUCUUAUACGCAAGACGUGGAAAUAUUGAUACACAUCGCCGCGCCUAGUAGAACAUCCGAUGACGCCAGAUACCGUUCAUUGGCAGCAUCCUACAUCAACUUUCAGUCUGAGAAGCGUACGCAUCUAUCAGAGCUUACUUCUACUCCUCUUCCUCUCUCAAGCGAAAAGAUAGAAAUACCUAAUGCUUCGGUGGAACACAGCUUUGGAGACAUCAUCCUGCCGUCAAUUUCCUUCCAAGCCUCGUUUCAAAGCGUCCUGGACAAUGCAAACUCUCAAGGACGCUUUCAACAGCCUCAGCUACAGGCGCCAAGGUCUCUAUUCCAUGAGAGCCAGGAAAGCGCACUGAAUCCUUCAUCGUGGCACACACCGCCAAGCAUAGUGCAAGAUUCAGCACCAGAAAAUGAUGCUACUAUAGCUCUUCUGACUUCCCCGGGACGUGUUUUGGAGCAUUACCUCCAACACUUUGCACCACCCUCCCAGAACUCGCAAACAAUAAUUCAGAAAGGAGACACCCAAGUCGUAAAUGAGGCCGCUUCGGUCAUAAGUAAUCACAACGACCCAGGUCACGAGAGAAGGGGCCAGCCUAUUAUUCCCUGUACGCCAGUAAGCCGACGGCAAACCCCUCACAAACCCCAAAGCCAAGAGGUGGAUGAUGAGGUGAUAGAAAACACGGUGAUAGUAUUCGAGCCAACAACGCCCCAGGCUACAAGGGCAGACUCAGAGCCCCCGCCAAGCAAACGUCCUCGGCGGGACAAAUCGGAUGCAAGCCCAGGCGCAUUGCUGAGAACGGCUAGUGACAUUGGCCUGCACAAUGCGCCUGGGAGUUCGACGAGGACGGUGACUUUCCUCCCCAGGCAUGGGUUCGGGCACGACAGCCUGAUUCUGACGGCGCCCGAGCCUCCCGUCGGGCACGAUACAAUUGCUCCCGAUGACCUCGUCACGCCGGGACUGGCGAAACUUGCGAGCGAUCUCAAAAUUUCAAAGCGGUACCGGCCAGAGUUCAGCACCAGAGACCUUCGUCCCUUUGAGCGUGGCUACUGGAAGAUUGACUGUACUGAUUGGCCCCAAGACCUAAAGACCGAGGCAUGGGUUUUCCUGGCAAACUACAUUGGAACCGGCGUAGCUGGCUGGGGGAUCUCGUGCCACAGAGAUGAAAAGUUUACAUCGCUAAGGCUGUACUGCUGGGGACUGCUAGCCGCACACAUUUAUUUCGUGGCAUACCUGGCGAGUCGGAGGAGAGUAUGCUUCAGCGCCACGACCUGGAUAGAUGCCUGCGGCGAUACUGUCAUCAAAAUGGCGAAGAAGGAAGGAGUUUGGACACGGUAUUGA